AUGGCAAGCAGUAAGGGCCGAACAAACGUCGAUAAUGAGGUGUACGGAGAGACGGUGACAGAGGAUCUUGCUUGGAAACGAGAUUUUCUUCGCUCUAAAGAAAAUGAGAUUCUUCGUAGCAAAACAGAAACGUAUGUUCUAGGAAUGAAAAAUACUGGAACGGUGGAAUCUAAAAUCAUCGACAGACGUGUACCGUCUAAAAGCAAGAGAUGCAACUGGUCAUCCAAUCUUGAUUUUUCUGUCGACCAAGGCACUUUCGACGAGGUAUCCAUCACUGCAAUCUGA